UUGUUUAUCUACACGUUUGUUCGAUCGAGUGCUGUAUUCGUGCUUUAAACUAGCGAUUACAGAGUUUACGUGUAGCGAAGCUGCUGUGAACAUGGUUUACAAAUGUUGUGUGCCAAGGUGUCGUGGGAAUUACGGAACUGGACCGAAAGUAAUGUUUUCCUUUCCGAAAGAUGCGAAUCUGCGUUGGAAAUGGCUUUCAGCGAUUCAUCGGGACAAUUUCCAACCCACUGAGCACACGAAGGUUUGUGAACUUCAUUUCACCGAAUCUGACAUCUGCCGGCAUACGGAAUGUUAUGGUGAAGUGAAAGGCACAAAGCUUACUGUCAAGCUUUCAAGACCGAGGCUUAGAGAGGGUGCUGUCCCAUCAGUGUUAGCAGGCUGCCCAAGCUGUUUGUCUACUCCAUCCACCAGCUCUCGAGAAAGUGCAGAGGAAAGGAGAGCUAGAUUGGACAAUGAACAUCUUCUACAAGCAAUUAAAGACAGUAUAGUAACCAAAACAGAGUAUGAUUCGAGGAAGUUAUUUUCUACUUUUGAAGCAUUUCUGCAGUGCCUGGAAAGAGAAACCAUUCCCAGUGAAUGGACCAUUGUUAGGAGAAGUGACUGUGUCCUAUUUCUAUUGCUUACUGUAUUGCCUGCUCCAUCUGUGUCUGUAUCUGUUGUAGUGACAAAUGAUUUGCAGUUGUCUGCCUAUCGAAGUAACACUGAGAUAAGAAAGAUAGGCAGUAGAAAAAUACCACACAAACUUUCAAAUAUAAAUGAUUUGUUUACAGUAUUAGACAAAGUGAAGGAAUUAGUCAGUGCAAAAGAAAAUUCAUUAAAAAGCCAGUGCCUUCUUAUACAGGACAUUUUAAAUGACAUGUGCAGUUCUGUAGAUGAAGAAAAACAGAAACAAAUUCAAUUCUUAAGUGAGCAAGUUAAGUUGCUAUGUAGCUGUGAGGAAAACUAUAGGUUUAAUCCUCACUUUUCUGUAUUUUGUUGUAUCCUGCAUUCUAUCUCCUCAUGCCUAUAAAUUUUUGAGGUCAUCUGGCAAUCUUAUUCUUCCUCAUCCAAGAACUUUACAGAAAAUAUGUUCCUCAUAUACUAAUGGUCCUCAUAAUGAACAAAAUGAAGGUGCUAUGCUCCUGUAUAUUAAGGAAAGAUUUAAAUCUUUGCAGGAAAGUGAUUGUACCAUUUCUUUAAUGAUGGAUGAAAUUCAUAUUAAACCUUAUUUUGAUUACAAGGGAGGAAACAUUGUGGGGGCAGCAUUUGAUAGUGACAAGGCUGCUACUACAGCAUAUGUCUUUAUGAUACAAUCAUUGCUGUCUUCUUUUAAAGAAGUAGUGCAUGUCCUUCCAGUUAGAAACCUUAUAGCUGAACAGUUAUUUUUGUAUGUGAAGAAAAUAUUA